AUUGGAUUAACUGCUACAUUCUGACGACGAGACUACUGGGCAGUGACGAGAGCAGGGACUGCAAUUCUGCAAAGAGACAGUCGAUCGCGGAAUUUCUAAAGAGAGCAAAAUCCUAAAACCCUAAAAGGUGUUGGGAAGGAGUGUGUUGAAUGAUCGCUGUCGUUUUCAAUUUUGAUCAGUUGCUGAAGGCUGUUAACUUCAUCGUCUUCAAUGGGAGCUAGUCGAAAGCUUCAGGGCGAGAUCGACCGGGUGUUGAAGAAGGUUCAAGAGGGCGUCGACGUCUUCGAUAGCAUUUGGAACAAGGUUUACGACACUGACAAUGCGAACCAGAAGGAAAAGUUUGAAGCAGAUUUGAAGAAGGAAAUAAAGAAGCUCCAGAGGUAUAGAGACCAAAUUAAGACAUGGAUUCAGUCCAGUGAAAUCAAGGAUAAGAAGGUCAGUGCUUCUUACGAGCAGGCUCUGAUGGAUGCUCGCAAGGUCAUUGAGCGUGAAAUGGAAAGAUUUAAAAUAUGUGAGAAAGAAACAAAGACCAAAGCAUUUUCAAAAGAAGGUUUGGGCCAACAACCAAAGACGGAUCCGAAGGAAAAGGCUAAAUCAGAGACAAGAGAUUGGUUGAAUAAUGUGGUUGGGGAGCUGGAAAAUCAAAUUGAUAGUUUUGAGGCUGAACUGGAGGGAUUGACUGUUAAGAAAGGGAGAACAAGACCCCCGAGACUGACACAUUUGGAAACAUCCAUUGUUCGGCACAAGGCCCAUAUCAUGAAACUAGAGUUGAUCUUGAGGUUACUUGAUAAUGAUGAGUUGAGCACAGACCAAGUCAAUGAUGUUAAAGAUUUCCUGGAUGAUUAUGUGGAACGCAAUCAGGAGGACUUUGAUGAAUUUGCUGAUGUUGAUGAGUUUUAUAGCUCCCUACCUUUAGAUAAGGUGGAGGCUCUUGAAGAUCUAGUCUCCAUCGGUCCCCCUGCGCUUGUUAAGGGUGUUGGUGCUGCAACAAUAAGCUUAAAAACUUCUAUAGCCACAUCACCUGUUCAAGUAUCGGCAACAAUAACAUCUUCUGUAGAACAAGGUGGUUCUGCUCAGGAGCAAGCAGAGGAAACUGCUUCCCGGGAGACUGCCUCUGACACAGUUGCAAGGACCCCACCUUCUAAAGCUACUGUGGCUAGUUCUUCUGUUCCAACAACACCUUCAAGUAGCCACAUGACUUCCAGUGCCGCCAUUGCUUUGUCUCCUACAAAUGUGUCUAAUGCCACAAAAGAUGAGGAGAUUAUGGGCUUCCCAGAUCGGAAAUCUUCCCCAGCACUUUCUGAAAGUGGAUUAAGAGGUGUUGGUAGAGGUGGCCUUCCUAGUCAGCCUGCAGUUAGUAUUUUGCUUGGUUCCAGUACCAAUGGUGCUAUGGAUGCUAUUCCUUCAUCUACUGAAGUAGCAAAGAAAAAUAUUUUAGGAUCAGAUGAAAGACUUGGGAGUGUUGGAAUGGGGCAGCCUCUAGUUUCCCCCCUGGCUAACAGAAACAUCUUGACACAAGCUACUAAGUCUAGUGAUGGAAUGGGCUCUACUGAUAGUGGUAAUGUUGGUGAGUCUAAUGUUAUGGCUGGCAGGGUUUUCUCUCCUUCAGUUGUGCCUGGCAUGCAAUGGAGGGCUGGAAGUUCCUUUCAGAAUCAAAAUGAACUGGGGCAGUUCCGUGGAAGAACUGAAAUUGCUCCUGAUCAGAGGGAGAAAUUUUUGCAGAGAUAUCAGCAAGUACAACAAGGAGGUCAGAUUAACAUUCUUAGCAUGCCCAUGCUUAGUAGUGGAAAUCAAAAGCAAUUUUCUGCACAACAGAAUCCACUAUUAACACAGUUCAAUUCUCAAAGCUCCUCUGUGUCACCUCAACAUGGCUUGGGAGUUGCCCAAGCAGCUGGUGUUAAUAGUGUCCCUUCAUCUGCAUCAUUGCAGCAGCAUACUGGUGUGAUCCAUCAACCAUCUAAUCAACAAAAUUUGACAUCUACAGCAUCUAGAGAUUCUGACAUGAGCCACUCAAAAGUGGAAGAAUUGCAGCAACAGCAAGCCCUUCCUGAAGAUUCGCUGGCUUCUGCUCCAUCCCCUGGUCCUGGAAAGACUGAGGAUGAUUUGAAGACUUAUGCAUUAGAAACACCUGGUGGAGUUGGCAGCCCUCUUGCAGAGCAACCCCAACUGCCGAGGGAUACAGAUCUCACUCCUGGUCAACCGUUACAAUUGAAUCAACCAUCAGGAAGCCUUGGAGUCAUUGGUCGAAGAAGUGUUACAGAUCUUGGUGCAAUUGGUGAUAACUUAAGUUCAUCACCUUCCAAUUCUGGAGGAAUGUAUGACCAGAUGUACAACUUGCAAAUGCUUGAGGCUGCUUUUCACAAACUUCCUCAACCGAAGGAUUCUGAGCGUGCUAAGAGCUAUACACCGAAGCAUCCAGUGGUGAGCCCUCCUAGCUAUCCCCAAGUUCAGGCGCCCAUUGUUAACAAUCCUGCCUUUUGGGAACGACUUGGAGCUGAUGGCUAUGGCACUGACACCUUAUUCUAUUCAUUUUACUACCAACAGAAUACUUAUCAACAAUACCUUGCUGCUAAGGCGCUGAAGAAACAAGCUUGGAGAUAUCACAGAAUGUACAACACUUGGUUUCAGCGGCAUGAGGAGCCAAAAUUAGCUACCGAUGACUAUGAGCAGGGGACAUAUGUUUACUUUGAUUUCCAUAUAGCCAACGAUGAACAUGCUGGGGGGUGGUGCCAGCGGAUCAAGACGGACUUCAAAUUCGAGUACAAUUACCUUGAAGAUGAGCUCGCGGUGGUUUAGAAAUUUUGUAAGCAUAUUAUGGUGAAUUCCUUUUGCCAUCAAAAGUAUGUAUCUUUGAAGUGAACCGUUUAAGUUUCAGUGAAAGAGAAACUUCUUAAAGUUCUUAUCAUGUAUGGGAUCGGAUUUUCAUGUUUUGUCGAAACUCGAAUACAUGCUUGUUUAGUUAUUUCAACCCAUAUUCAGUUUGGGUGGUUACACUUACAUUUCA